AUGUCUCAAUGCAACCUCACUCAAUGCAACAGUAAUCAUCAUUCUAAUGUAGUAAAUCAAAGAGGAGAACAAGAUAUUGAAAAUUCUUUCACAGAAAAAACACGAGAAGGAAAGAGAAGUCUUGAUCUAUUAAAUGAUUGCAUUUCCGAAAAUGAAGAAUUUGAUCAGACCUAUUUACAAGCCUCCAAGAAGAAAAUUAAGAUGGUUCCAUUCUACUUGUUGAUUGCGUUUUUGGAUAGCAUGUUUCCAUUCUUAAGGGGAAAGGAUUUAAAUAUUUGCAGACAAGUAUGCAAAGAUUGGUACAAUUUUCAAAAUAGUGAUUAUUUCAUUUCUCAACACACGAAAAGAAUGAAUCUCAUACACAACAAAUUAGUGAUAUCGCACAAAAAAACGCAAAUUUCCAUUGUUCAAUACAUUCUCGGAUACAAACAAGGUCCCAUGCUUGUGAUUCAUACCGAUAAUCAAGUGUUAAAACUUUCAGAAAAAAUCCAAGACUAUAUUUCAAAACCAGAAGCUCCUCAACUCGUGAAUGAUGCCUUGAAAGAAAUAUGUAAAGGUCAUAUCAAAUCACAACUCUGUUAUAAGGACGGAAAAAAGCAUGGAGAGGCCAUUGAUUACUUUAAAUCAGGAGAGGUUAUGCAAGUGGGACAUUUUGCUUUUGGAAAAAAAGAAGGAUCGUUUGUGAAAUAUUUCUCGCAUCGAAAAGAUGCCAUUGAAAGAUCGUGUUCCUAUAAGAAUGACAAACUUGAUGGAAAACUAAUUGAAUACAAAGUCAUGUAUAAUGAAAAUGGAAGAAAAGUAAUUGCCAAAGAUGUAGAAUGUCAUUACAAGAAUGGCAAAUAUGAUGGACUCAAGAUUUUAUAUUUUGGAGUAGACGAGCAAGUAAUGGAAUGGAUUAACUAUAAAGAAGGAAAAUUUCAUGGCAUUUGCAGAUCGUAUACUUGUAAGGACAGAUUUUUUAACACAAAGGAACAUCAUUUGAAUUGUGAAGCUACAUACUUUGAAGGUAAAUUGCAUGGAGUUCGAACAGAGUUUUAUGCAGAUGGUUCGCCAUUUCAAAGACGUGAAUAUAACAUGGGAAAGCUUGUCGAUGGGUCCAUUUACUCAAGGAAACGAGUACCUACAACCUCUUCGGCGAGUAAUUCCAUUUAUGUUGAUGGAUCGGAUCAGGAAGAUGAGGAGGAGGAGUCUGACGAAGUGGAGUGA